UAUAUAAAUUAUUUAAUUUGAGGUAAAGAAAAGCAUUGGUCUAAAAUAGCCUUUCAAAUACAACAUUUACUUGCUGUGUCAGCAAUAUAUCUGAAAGAAAAGGCAUGCUCCAUAACCCACAUUUCAAAGGUCACAGCGCUACUUCUGCAGGCUUCUGAAAAAAUUGCAGUUUGAGCUAGCAUCAUGGGUGGUUUGAAGAUUUGGUCUCUUCUGCUGGUUAUACUAUGCCAUUUCUGUCAAAGAUGUCUCCCGAGUGGAAUUUCAACACACGUUGAAAUAGCACAUAGAGCUCUGGAAUUUUUCAUUAAACACGAAAGGAAUGUUAAUUAUAGACAGUUAUUACUAAACCACCAAGAUGCAUUUCAGGCUGGGAGCAUUUAUCCUGAUGCCUUUUAUCCUUCAAUCUGCAAAAGUGGAAUAUUCCAUGAUGUGUCUGAAGACACUCACUGGACACCAUUUCUCAAUGCAAGUAUUCACUACAUCAGAAGGAAUUAUCCUCAGCCUUGGGAAGUGGCUACAGAGAAGCUGGUGGCUUUCUUGUUUGGAAUUGCCUCACAUAUGGUGGCAGACGUUAGCUGGCAUAGCCUGGGCAUCGACCAAGGAUUUCUAAAAGCCAUGGGAGAAAUUGAUUUUCAUGGCUCAUACUCAGAAGCUCACAAUGUUGGUGAUUUUGGAGGAGAUGUACUGAGUCAGUUUGAGCUGGACUUCAGUUACCUGGCAUUGAAUUGGUAUGUACCUGUCAAAGACCUAGCAGCUAUCUAUAAGGAAUUUUAUGGAAGAGAGAUUAUAACUGAAAGCACAAUUAUUGACUGUACUUACCUGCUGUUUCUUGAACUGCAUGGAGAAAGGCUUGUUGUUGGGAAGCUUUUUCCAACAUAUGCUAGUAAAUCUCCAUUUCUGGUGGAGAAGUUCCAUGAGUAUUUCCUUGGAGGAGUGGAUGACAUGGCGUUCUGGACAAACAAUAUUUUUGAGCUGACGAGCCAUAUGCUAGAGAAUGGAACCAGUGACUGCUUCCUGCCUGAGAACCCCCUGUUUAUAAACUGCACAAGUGAGCACAAGGACAACUACAUCAGAAACAAACAAUCAAAACAUGAACAACAGAAGAAUAGAACUUCCUUGCUUACAGAAAGACAUGAAAAGAAUAUAAGUUAUACAGAGAGAGGAGUUCACUUCAGUAUACAACCUUGGGUAAAAAAUUCCUUCCACUUGCUAAACCAUGCUUUUAGAACUGAUGUCUGGAGAGCUACACAUCAGAAGUCUUCUAACCACAUCUACAAGCCAGCAGCUUCAUAUUUUCUGACCUCACCCUAUGCUAGACUUGGAUGGGCAAUGAUUUCAGCUGACCUGAACCAGGAUGGAUAUGAAGAUCUGGUGGUUGGAGCCCCAGGGUACAGCACAUUGGGCCAUUUUCAGAUAGGACGGGUGUAUGUGGUUUAUGGCAACCAGUCAGGGUUGCCACCAGAGGACAUGGAUCUAGAUGAGAAAGCUGACCAGAUACUACAGGGUCAUCAGCCUUCAGGAAGAUUUGGUUCUGCCUUGGCAGUCCUGGACUUCAAUGAGGAUGGAGUACCAGAUCUGGCAAUUGGAGCACCUUCUGUGGGAUCUCAGUUUCUUACUUACAAAGGUGCUGUGUAUGUCUAUUUUGGCAUCAAGGGAAGAGGACUGGCAUCUCAACCAAAUGUUACCAUAACAUGUCAGUAUUCCUACUGUAAUCUUGGUUGGUCCCUCCUGGCAGCUGAUGUUGAUGGGGAUGGAAAUGCUGAUCUGGUUGUGGGCUCUCCAUAUGCACCUGGUGGUGGGCAGCAGAGAGGAUUUGUGGUUGCAUUUUACUCUUAUUUCAACAGGAGUGACCAAGGACUUCUGUCAGCACAGGAUGCCAACUGGAUGGUGAAGGGGGAAGAAAACUAUGCUUGGUUUGGAUUUUCACUUGGUAUCUGCCAACUGGAGAAUAUAACAUUGCUGCUGGUUGGCAGCCCUACAUGGAAGAGUUGUGCUAGCUGCAAUCCCUUCUCAUCGGAUGUCAGACAGAGUGUUGGGAAGGUGUAUGGGUAUAACCCACCAAGCACAAAGCUCUGGUUUGCAGUAACUGGAGACAAGGCAAUGGGCAGAAUGGGUUUGUCUCUGGCCAGUGGUGUGAUGUCUGUGGCUGGGAUCACAAGGACAGUUUUGGUGGUGGGUGCACCUAUGGCAGAUAGCCUGUCUAGGAUUUCCUUUAUAUCCUCAGUGCUGCUCCAAGCUGGACUGGCUCUGGUAUAUGAUCUGACAGACAGCACCAAGCCUUCUUUGCUCAGCUCAUUCAGUGGGGACAGGAGAUUCUCUCACUUUGGAGGAGAUAUACACUUAAGUGACCUGGAUGAUGAUGGACUUGAUGAAAUGAUUGUGACAUCCCCACUGCGAACUAACGCUAUCAGCAUGAUACUGUUUGGUGGGGCAGCAGGCCGUGUUUACAUUUACAAUGGAAAGCAGGCAUCCUCAGGGAAUGUGACACAGCACUGCAAAUCACUGGUAUCUCCCUGUCCAGAGGACUGGGCACAAUAUGUCCUGAUUUCUCCUGAGGAACUGUCAAGAUUUGGGAGUUCUGUUAUCACUGUGAAAUCUGAAAGAAAGAAAGAAGUGGUGGUGGCAGCAGAGAGAAGUUCAGCAAAAGCACGCCUUGGUGGAAGGCUUUUUAUCUACUCGCUCUGAAAGUCCAUGGUAGCCUUUAAGACCAGGGCACGGCUGGUCUUUUAGUGAAGCAUAUCUGUAGUAUCUGCAAUACUUCCCUUAACAAACACAAACCAAACAUCUGAGAGAGUCAGAUAGGGUCCUAGGUAGUUUUAAGGGAGGGAGGGAAGGAGGGACACUGGUUUUAAGUGAAGGGGAACAUGAGUAUUCGUGGGGGUUUGACUUACAAACCAAAGCUUUAGCAGUUAUGUAAAAGCACAAAUUAAUUCCGUUGUGAGCAGUAGCAUCACUUAACCUAGAACAAGCAAGCUGAACCAAAAACUUUCUGAAGUCUGAAACGAGCAGGCAGCUAGAUUUUUUUUAUAGUAAUAUUUAGCUGUAUAACGAAUAUUCAGUGGUCACAUUCUUUACUGGUCAGAUUUGAGUGUUUUCUUGACAAAACCAGGAAAGAAUAGCAAAUCAUUUUCAAUUUCUUGUGUACUGUAUACAGACAGCGAUUCUAAGGUGUCAAAAAGUUGCUGUCAAAAUACUAAGCAUGGAGGAGGGGCAGCUCUAAGACGGACAGAAAGGUGGGUGCCAAGCAGUAGCACAUCUUGAGGUCUGCAUUCAGGGUGUGGAACAGCUGGGAUCUCCCAGGGCAAAAAGUACAAGCAAGACUGACCAAGUUUUAGGAAAUGCUUUUACUUUCACACUCAUGGCUGACACUGUUGUGACACGCUUUGUGUUUUUAUGUAGAAUUCCAUGACCAGUGUAACUUAGAACUGUUAACAGCUUUAGUGGUAACAGUAUUGUCUUCAACUAAUUAACACUAAUUUUGUAAGAUGUAGGUUUAACAGUGUUCACCAAUUAUCUAUUAAACGACUUGAGCAGCAAGA